AUGCAGUCCGACACUCCGAUACAGCGAGUGAGUGGUGCAGCAGAGCAGGUGAGUGGUGCAGCAGAGCAGGUGAGUGGUGCAGCAGAGCAGGUGAGUGGUGCAGCAGAGCAGGUGAGUGGUGCAGCAGAGCAGGUGAGUGGUGCAGCAGAGCAGGUGAGUGGUGCGGCAGAGCAGGUGAGUGGUGCAGCAGAGCAGGUGAGUGGUGCGGCAGAGCAGGUGAGUGGUGCGGCAGAGCAGGUGAGUGGUGCAGCAGAGCAGGUGAGUGGUUCGACAGAGCAGGUGAGUGGUGCAGCAGAGCAGGUGAGUGGUGCAGCAGAGCAGGUGAGUGGUGCGGCAGAGCAGGUGAGUGGUGCGGCAGAGCAGGUGAGUGGUGCGGCAGAGCAGGUGAGUGGUGCGGCAGAGCAGGUGAGUGGUGCAGCAGAGCAGGUGAGUGGUGCGGCAGAGCAGGUGAGUGGUGCAGCAGAGCAGGUGAGUGGUGCGGCAGAGCAGGUGAGUGGUGCGGCAGAGCAGGUGAGUGGUGCGGCAGAGCAGGUGAGUGGUGCGGCAGAGCAGGUGAGUGGUGCGGCAGAGCAGGUGAGUGGUGCGACAGAGCAGGUGAGUGGUGCGGCAGAGCAGGUGAGUGGUGCAGCAGAGCAGGUGAGUGGUGCGGUAGAGGAGGUGAGUGGUGCAGCAGAGCAGGUGAGUGGUGCGGCAGAGCAGGUGAGUGGUUCGGCAGAGCAGGUGAGUGGUGCGGCAGAGCAGGUGAGUGGUGCGGCAGAGCAGGUGAGUGGUGCGGAAGAGCAGGUGAGUGGUGCAGCAGAGCAGGUGAGUGGUGCGGCAGAGCAGGUGAGUGGUGCAGCAGAGCAGGUGAGUGGUGCAGCAGAGCAGGUGAGUGGUGCAGCAGAGCAGGUGAGUGGUGCGGCAGAGCAGGUGAGUGGUGCGGCAGAUCAGGUGAGUGGUGCAGCAGAGCAGGUGAGUGGUGCAGCAGAGCAGGUGAGUGGUGCAGCAGAGCAGGUGAGUGGUGCAGCAGAGCAGGUGAGUGGUGCAGCAGAGCAGGUGAGUGGUGCAGCAGAGCAGGUGAGUGGUGCAGCAGAGCAGGUGAGUGGUGCAGCAGAGCAGGUGAGUGGUGCAGCAGAGCAGGUGAGUGGUGCGGCAGAGCAGGUGAGUGGUGCGGCAGAGCAGGUGAGUGGUGCGGCAGAGCAGGUGAGUGGUGCGGCAGAGCAGGUGAGUGGUGCAGCAGAGCAGGUGAGUGGUGCGGCAGAGCAGGUGAGUGGUGCGGCAGAGCAGGUUAGUGGUGCAGCAGAGCAGGUGAGUGGUGCGGCAGAGCAGGUGAGUGGUGCGGCAGAGCAGGUGAGUGGUGCGGCAGAGCAGGUGAGUGGUGCGGCAGAGCAGGUGAGUGGUGCAGCAGAGCAGGUCAGUGGUGCAGCAGAGCAGGUGAGUGGUGCGGCAGAGCAGGUGAGUGGUGCAGCAGAGCAGGUGAGUGGUGCGGCAGAGCAGGUGAGUGGUGCGGCAGAGCAGGUGAGUGGUGCAGCAGAGCAGGUGAGUGGUGCGGCAGAGCAGGUGAGUGGUGCGGCAGAGCAGGUGAGUGGUGCGGCAGAGCAGGUGAGUGGUGCGGCAGAGCAGGUGAGUGGUGCGGCAGAGCAGGUGAGUGGUGCAGCAGAGCAGGUGAGUGGUGCGGCAGAGCAGGUGGGUGGUGCGGCAGAGCAGGUGAGUGGUGCGGCAGAGCAGGUGAGUGGUGCGGCAGAGCAGGUGGGUGGUGCGGCAGAGCAGGUGAGUGGUGCGGCAGAGCAGGUGAGUGGUGCAGCAGAGCAGGUGAGUGGUGCGGCAGAGCAGGUGAGUGGUGCGGCAGAGCAGUUGAGUGGUGCGGCAGAGCAGGUGAGUGGUGCGGCAGAGCAGGUGGGUGGUGCGGCAGAGCAGGUGAGUGGUGCGGCAGAGCAGGUGAGUGGUGCGGCAGAGCAGGUGAGUGGUGCGGCAGAGCAGGUGAGUGGUGCGGCAGAGCAGGUGAGUGGUGCAGCAGAGCAGGUGAGUGGUGCGGCAGAGCAGGUGAGUGGUGCGGCAGAGCAGGUGAGUGGUGCGGCAGAGCAGGUGAGUGGUGCAGCAGAGCAGGUGAGUGGUGCAGCAGAGCAGGUGAGUGGUGCAGCAGAGCAGGUGAGUGGUGCGGCAGAGCAGGUGAGUGGUGCGGCAGAGCAGGUGAGUGGUGCAGCAGAGCAGGUGAGUGGUGCAGCAGAGCAGGUGAGUGGUGCGGCAGAGCAGGUGAGUGGUGCGGCAGAGCAGGUGAGUGGUGCGGCAGAGCAGGUGAGUGGUGCGGCAGAGCAGGUGAGUGGUGCAGCAGAGCAGGUGAGUGGUGCAGCAGAGCAGGUGAGUGGUGCGGCAGAGCAGGUGAGUGGUGCGGCAGAGCAGGUGAGUGGUGCGGCAGAGCAGGUGAGUGGUGCGGCAGAGCAGGUGAGUGGUGCGGCAGAGCAGGUGAGUGGUGCGGCAGAGCAGGUGAGUGGUGCGGCAGAGCAGGUGAGUGGUGCGGCAGAGCAGGUGAGUGGUGCGGCAGAGCAGGUGAGUGGUGCGGCAGAGCAGGUGAGUGGUGCGGCAGAGCAGGUGAGUGGUGCGGCAGAGCAGGUGAGUGGUGCGGCAGAGCAGGUGAGUGGUGCGGCAGAGCAGGUGAGUGGUGCGGCAGAGCAGGUGAGUGGUGCGGCAGAGCAGGUGAGUGGUGCGGCAGAGCAGGUGAGUGGUGCGGCAGAGCAGGUGAGUGGUGCGGCAGAGCAGGUGAGUGGUGCGGCAGAGCAGGUGAGUGGUGCGGCAGAGCAGGUGAGUGGUGCGGCAGAGCAGGUGAGUGGUGCGGCAGAGCAGGUGAGUGGUGCGGCAGAGCAGGUGAGUGGUGCGGCAGAGCAGGUGAGUGGUGCGGCAGAGCAGGUGAGUGGUGCGGCAGAGCAGGUGAGUGGUGCGGCAGAGCAGGUGAGUGGUGCGGCAGAGCAGGUGAGUGGUGCGGCAGAGCAGGUGAGUGGUGCGGCAGAGCAGGUGAGUGGUGCGGCAGAGCAGGUGAGUGGUGCGGCAGAGCAGGUGAGUGGUGCAGCAGAGCAGGUGAGUGGUGCAGCAGAGCAGGUGAGUGGUGCAGCAGAGCAGGUGAGUGGUGCGGCAGAGCAGGUGAGUGGUGCGGCAGAGCAGGUGAGUGGUGCAGCAGAGCAGGUGAGUGGUGCAGCAGAGCAGGUGAGUGGUGCGGCAGAGCAGGUGAGUGGUGCGGCAGAGCAGGUGAGUGGUGCGGCAGAGCAGGUGAGUGGUGCGGCAGAGCAGGUGAGUGGUGCAGCAGAGCAGGUGAGUGGUGCGGCAGAGCAGGUGAGUGGUGCGGCAGAGCAGGUGAGUGGUGCGGCAGAGCAGGUGAGUGGUGCGGCAGAGCAGGUGAGUGGUGCGGCAGAGCAGGUGAGUGGUGCAGCAGAGCAGGUGAGUGGUGCGGCAGAGCAGGUGAGUGGUGCAGCAGAGCAGCUGAGUGGUGCGGCAGAGCAGGUGAGUGGUGCAGCAGAGCAGGUGAGUGGUGCGGCAGAGCAGGUGAGUGGUGCGGCAGAGCAGGUGAGUGGUGCGGCAGAGCAGGUGAGUGGUGCAGCAGAGCAGGUGAGUGGUGCGGCAGAGCAGGUGAGUUGUGCGGCAGAGCAGGUGAGUGGUGCGGCAGAGCAGGUGAGUGGUGCGGCAGAGCAGGUGAGUGGUGCAGCAGAGCUGGUGAGUGGUGCAGCAGAGCAGGUGAGUGGUGCAGCAGAGCAGGUGAGUGGUGCGGCAGAGCAGGUGAGUGGUGCGGCAGAGCAGGUGAGUGGUGCGGCAGAGCAGGUGAGUGGUGCGGCAGAGCAGGUGAGUGGUGCGGCAGAGCAGGUGAGUGGUGCGGCAGAGCAGGUGAGUGGUGCGGCAGAGCAGGUGAGUGGUGCGGCAGAGCAGGUGAGUGGUGCGGCAGAGCAGGUGAGUGGUGCGGCAGAGCAGGUGAGUGGUGCGGCAGAGCAGGUGAGUGGUGCGGCAAAGCAGGUGAGUGGUGCGGCAGAGCAGGUGAGUGGUGCGGCAGAGCAGGUGAGUGGUGCGGCAGAGCAGGUGAGUGGUGCGGCAGAGCAGGUGAGUGGUGCGGCAGAGCAGGUGAGUGGUGCGGCAGAGCAGGUGAGUGGUGCAGCAGAGCAGGUGAGUGGUGCGGCAGAGCAGGUGACUGGUGCGGCAGAGCAGGUGAGUGGUGCGGCAGAGCAGGUGAGUGGUGCGGCAGAGCAGGUGAGUGGUGCGGCAGAGCAGGUGAGUGGUGCGGCAGAGCAGGUGAGUGGUGCGGCAGAGCAGGUGAGUGGUGCGGCAGAGCAGGUGAGUGGUGCGGCAGAGCAGGUGAGUGGUGCGGCAGAGCAGGUGAGUGGUGCGGCAGAGCAGGUGAGUGGUGCGGCAGAGCAGGUGAGUGGUGCGGCAGAGCAGGUGAGUGGUGCGGCAGAGCAGGUGAGUGGUGCGGCAGAGCAGGUGAGUGGUGCGGCAGAGCAGGUGAGUGGUGCGGCAGAGCAGGUGAGUGGUGCGGCAGAGCAGGUGAGUGGUGCGGCAGAGCAGGUGAGUGGUGCGGCAGAGCAGGUGAGUGGUGCGGCAGAGCAGGUGAGUGGUGCGGCAGAGCAGGUGAGUGGUGCGGCAGAGCAGGUGAGUGGUGCGGCAGAGCAGGUGAGUGGUGCGGCAGAGCAGGUGAGUGGUGCGGCAGAGCAGGUGAGUGGUGCGGCAGAGCAGGUGAGUGGUGCGGCAGAGCAGGUGAGUGGUGCGGCAGAGCAGGUGAGUGGUGCGGCAGAGCAGGUGAGUGGUGCGGCAGAGCAGGUGAGUGGUGCGGCAGAGCAGGUGAGUGGUGCGGCAGAGCAGGUGAGUGGUGCGGCAGAGCAGGUGAGUGGUGCGGCAGAGCAGGUGAGUGGUGCGGCAGAGCAGGUGAGUGAUGCGGCAGAGCAGGUGAGUGGUGCGGCAGAGCAGGUGAGUGGUGCGGCAGAGCAGGUGAGUGGUGCGGCAGAGCAGGUGAGUGGUGCGGCAGAGCAGGUGAGUGGUGCGGCAGAGCAGGUGAGUGGUGCGGCAGAGCAGGUGAGUGGUGCGGCAGAGCAGGUGAGUGGUGCGGCAGAGCAGGUGAGUGGUGCGGCAGAGCAGGUGAGUGGUGCGGCAGAGCAGGUGAGUGGUGCGGCAGAGCAGGUGAGUGGUGCGGCAGAGCAGGUGAGUGGUGCGGCAGAGCAGGUGAGUGGUGCGGCAGAGCAGGUGAGUGGUGCGGCAGAGCAGGUGAGUGGUGCGGCAGAGCAGGUGAGUGGUGCAGCAGAGCAGGUGAGUGGUGCGGCAGAGCAGCUCCUCUCCUUCCAUUCUCUCCCUCACACACUUUCCUUUCCCCCCUCUCUCCCUCUUUCCCUCCCUCCUUCCCUCCCUCUCUCCCUCUUUCCCUCCCUCCUUCCCUACAUUGACUCAAUCUGCUCCUUAUUCUCUCAGCUCCUCUCCUUCCAUUCUCUCCCUCACACACUUUCCAUCCUCCCUCUCUCCCUCUUUCCCUCCCUCCUUCCCUCCCUCUCUCCCUCUUUCCCUCCCUCCUUCCCUCCCUCUCUCCCUCCUUUCAUCAGAACAGAGCAGGUGAGUGGUGCGGCAGAGCAGGUGAGUGGUGCGGCAGAGCAGGUGAGUGGUGCGGCAGAGCAGGUGAGUGGUGCGGCAGAGCAGGUGAGUGGUGCAGCAGAGCAGGUGAGUGGUGCGGCAGAGCAGGUGAGUGGUGCAGCAGAGCAGGUGAGUGGUGCGACAGAGCAGGUGAGUGGUGCAGCAGAGCAGGUGAGUGGUGCGGCAGAGCAGGUGAGUGGUGCGGCAGAGCAGGUGAGUGGUGCGGCAGAGCAGGUGAGUGGUGCAGCAGAGCAGGUGAGUGGUGCGGCAGAGCAGGUGAGUGGUGCAGCAGAGCAGCUGAGUGGUGCGGCAGAGCAGGUGAGUGGUGCAGCAGAGCAGGUGAGUGGUGCGGCAGAGCAGGUGAGUGGUGCGGCAGAGCAGGUGAGUGGUGCGGCAGAGCAGGUGAGUGGUGCAGCAGAGCAGGUGAGUGGUGCGGCAGAGCAGGUGAGUUGUGCGGCAGAGCAGGUGAGUGGUGCGGCAGAGCAGGUGAGUGGUGCGGCAGAGCAGGUGAGUGGUGCAGCAGAGCUGGUGAGUGGUGCAGCAGAGCAGGUGAGUGGUGCGGCAGAGCAGGUGAGUGGUGCGGCAGAGCAGGUGAGUGGUGCGGCAGAGCAGGUGAGUGGUGCGGCAGAGCAGGUGAGUGGUGCGGCAGAGCAGGUGAGUGGUGUGGCAGAGCUGGUGAGUGGUGCGGCAGAGCAGGUGAGUGGUGCGGCAGAGCAGGUGAGUGGUGCGGCAGAGCAGGUGAGUGGUGCGGCAGAGCAGGUGAGUGGUGCGGCAGAGCAGCUCCUCUCCUUCCAUUCUCUCCCUCACACACUUUCCUUUCCCCCCUCUCUCCCUCUUUCCCUCCCUCCUUCCCUCCCUCUCUCCCUCUUUCCCUCCCUCCUUCCCUACAUUGACUCAAUCUGCUCCUUAUUCUCUCAGCUCCUCUCCUUCCAUUCUCUCCCUCACACACUUUCCAUCCUCCCUCUCUCCCUCUUUCCCUCCCUCCUUCCCUCCCUCUCUCCCUCUUUCCCUCCCUCCUUCCCUCCCUCUCUCCCUCCUUUCAUCAGAACAGAGCAGGUGAGUGGUGCGGCAGAGCAGGUGAGUGGUGCGGCAGAGCAGGUGAGUGGUGCGGCAGAGCAGGUGAGUGGUGCGGCAGAGCAGGUGAGUGGUGCAGCAGAGCAGGUGAGUGGUGCGGCAGAGCAGGUGAGUGGUGCAGCAGAGCAGGUGAGUGGUGCGACAGAGCAGGUGAGUGGUGCAGCAGAGCAGGUGAGUGGUGCGGCAGAGCAGGUGAGUGGUGCGGCAGAGCAGGUGAGUGGUGCAGCAGAGCAGGUGAGUGGUGCGACAGAGCAGGUGAGUGGUGCGGCAGAGCAGGUGAGUGGUGCGGCAGAGCAGGUGAGUGGUGCGGCAGAGCAGGUGAGUGGUGCAGCAGAGCAGGUGAGUGGUGCGGCAGAGCAGGUGAGUGGUGCGGCAGAGCAGGUGAGUGGUGCAGCAGAGCAGGUGAGUGGUGCGGCAGAGCAGGUGAGUGGUGCGACAGAGCAGGUGAGUGGUGCAGCAGAGCAGGUGAGUGGUGCGGCAGAGCAGGUGAGUGGUGCGGCAGAGCAGGUGAGUGGUGCGGCAGAGCAGGUGAGUGGUGCAGCAGAGCAGGUGAGUGGUGCGGCAGAGCAGGUGGGUGGUGCGGCAGAGCAGGUGAGUGGUGCGGCAGAGCAGGUGAGUGGUGCGGCAGAGCAGGUGAGUGGUGCGGCAGAGCAGGUGAGUGGUGCGGCAGAGCAGGUGGGUGGUGCGGCAGAGCAGGUGAGUGGUGCGGCAGAGCAGGUGAGUGGUGCAGCAGAGCAGGUGAGUGGUGCGGCAGAGCAGGUGAGUGGUGCGGCAGAGCAGGUGAGUGGUGCGGCAGAGCAGCUGAGUGGUGCGGCAGAGCAGGUGGGUGGUGCGGCAGAGCAGGUGAGUGGUGCGGCAGAGCAGGUGAGUGGUGCGGCAGAGCAGGUGAGUGGUGCAGCAGAGCAGCUGAGUGGUGCGGCAGAGCAGGUGAGUGGUGCGGCAGAGCAGGUGAGUGGUGCGGCAGAGCAGGUGAGUGGUGCAGCAGAGCAGGUGAGUGGUGCAGCAGAGCAGGUGAGUGGUGCGGCAGAGCAGGUGAGUGGUGCGGCAGAGCAGGUGAGUGGUGCGGCAGAGAAGGUGAGUGGUGCGGCAGAGCAGGUGAGUGGUGCGGCAGAGCAGGUGAGUGGUGCGGCAGAGCAGGUGAGUAGUGCGGCAGAGCAGGUGAGUGGUGCGGCAGAGCAGGUGAGUGGUGCGGCAGAGCAGGUGAGUGGUGCAGCAGAGCAGGUGACUGGUGCGGCAGAGCAGGUGAGUGGUGCAGCAGAGCAGGUGACUGGUGCGGCAGAGCAGGUGAGUGGUGCAGCAGAGCAGGUGAGUGGUGCAGCAGAGCAGGUGAGUGGUGCAGCAGAGCAGGUGAGUGGUGCAGCAGAGCAGGUGAAUGGUGCGGCAGAGCAGGUGAGUGGUGCAGCAGAGCAGGUGAGUGGUGCAGCAGAGCAGGUGAGUGGUGCAGCAGAGCAGGUGAGUGGUGCAUCAGAGCAGGUGAGUGGUGCAGCAGAGCAGGUGAGUGGUGCAGCAGAGCAGGUGAGUGGUGCAGCAGAGCAGGUGAGUGGUGCAGCAGAGCAGGUGAGUGGUGCGGCAGAGCAGGUGAGUGGUGCAGCAGAGCAGGUGAGUGGUGCAGCAGAGCAGGUGAGUGGUGCAGCAGAGCAGGUGAGUGGUGCAGCAGAGCAGGUGAGUAGUGCGGCAGAGCAGGUGAGUGGUGCAGCAGAGCAGGUGAGUGGUGCGGCAGAGCAGGUGAGUGGUGCAGCAGAGCAGGUGAGUGGUGCGGCAGAGCAGGUGAGUGGUGCGGCAGAGCAGGUGAGUGGUGCAGCAGAGCAGGUGAGUGGUGCGGCAGAGCAGGUGAGUGGUGCAGCAGAGCAGGUGAGUGGUGCAGCAGAGCAGGUGAGUGGUGCGGCAGAGCAGGUGAGUGGUGCAGCAGAGCAGGUGAGUGGUGCGGCAGAGCAGGUGAGUGGUGCGGCAGAGCAGGUGAGUGGUGCGGCAGAGCAGGUGAGUGGUGCGGCAGAGCAGGUGAGUGGUGCGGCAGAGCAGGUGAGUGGUGCGGCAGAGCAGGUGAGUGGUGCGGCAGAGCAGGUGAGUGGUGCGGCAGAGCAGGUGAGUGGUGCGGCAGAGCAGGUGAGUGGUGCGGCAGAGCAGGUGAGUGGUGCGGCAGAGCAGGUGAGUGGUGCGGCAGAGCAGGUGAGUGGUGCGGCAGAGCAGAUGAGUGGUGCGGCAGAGCAGGUGAGUGGUGCGGCAGAGCAGGUGAGUGGUGCGGCAGAGCAGGUGAGUGGUGGGGCAGAGCAGGUGAGUGGUGCGGCAGAGCAGGUGAGUGGUGCGGCAGAGCAGGUGAGUGGUGCGGCAGAGCAGGUGAGUGGUGCGGCAGAGCAGGUGAGUGGUGCAGCAGAGCAGGUGAGUGGUGCAGCAGAGCAGGUGAGUGGUGCAGCAGAGCAGGUGAGUGGUGCAGCAGAGCAGGUGAGUGGUGCAGCAGAGCAGGUGAGUGGUGCAGCAGAGCAGGUGAGUGGUGCGGCAGAGCAGGUGAGUGGUGCAGCAGAGCAGGUGAGUGGAGCGGCAGAGCAGGUGAGUGGUGCAGCAGAGCAGGUGAGUGGUGCAGCAGAGCAGGUGAGUGGUGCAGCAGAGCAGGUGAGUGGUGCGGCAGAGCAGGUGAGUGGUGCAGCAGAGCAGGUGAGUGGAGCGGCAGAGCAGGUGAGUGGUGCAGCAGAGCAGGUGAGUGGUGCAGCAGAGCAGGUGAGUGGUGCAGCAGAGCAGGUGAGUGGUGCAGCAGAGCAGGUGAGUGGUGCAGCAGAGCAGGUGAGUGGUGCAGCAGAGCAGGUGAGUGGUGCAGCAGAGCAGGUGAGUGGUGCGGCAGAGCAGGUGAGUGGUGCAGCAGAGCAGGUGAGUGGUGCGGCAGAGCAGGUGAGUGGUGCAGCAGAGCAGGUGAGUGGUGCAGCAGAGCAGGUGAGUGGUGCAGCAGAGCAGGUGAGUGGUGCGGCAGAGCAGGUGAGUGGUGCAGCAGAGCAGGUGAGUGGAGCGGCAGAGCAGGUGAGUGGUGCGGCAGAGCAGGUGAGUGGUGCAGCAGAGCAGGUGAGUGGUGCGGCAGAGCAGGUGAGUGGUGCAGCAGAGCAGGUGAGUGGUGCGGCAGAGCAGGUGAGUGGUGCAGCAGAGCAGGUGAGUGGUGCAGCAGAGCAGGUGAGUGGUGCGGCAGAGCAGGUGAGUGGUGCAGCAGAGCAGGUGAGUGGUGCGGCAGAGCAGGUGAGUGGUGCGGCAGAGCAGGUGAGUGGUGCGGCAGAGCAGGUGAGUGGUGCGGCAGAGCAGGUGAGUGGUGCAGCAGAGCAGGUGAGUGGUGCAGCAGAGCAGGUGAGUGGUGCAGCAGAGCAGGUGAGUGGUGCGGCAGAGCAGGUGAGUGGUGCAGCAGAGCAGGUGAGUGGUGCAGCAGAGCAGGUGAGUGGUGCGGCAGAGCAGGUGAGUGGUGCGGCAGAGCAGGUGAGUGGUGCAGCAGAGCAGGUGAGUGGUGCGGCAGAGCAGGUGAGUGGUGCGGCAGAGCAGGUGAGUGGUGCAGCAGAGCAGGUGAGUGGUGCAGCAGAGCAGGUGAGUGGUGCAGCAGAGCAGGUGAGUGGUGCGGCAGAGCAGGUGAGUGGUGCAGCAGAGCAGGUGAGUGGUGCGGCAGAGCAGGUGAGUGGUGCGGCAGAGCAGGUGAGUGGUGCAGCAGAGCAGGUGAGUGGUGCAGCAGAGCAAGUGAGUGGUGCAGCAGAGCAGGUGAGUGGUGCGGCAGAGCAGGUGAGUGGUGCAGCAGAGCAGGUGAGUGGUGCGGCAGAGCAGGUGAGUGGUGCGGCAGAGCAGGUGAGUGGUGCAGCAGAGCAGGUGAGUGGUGCAGCAGAGCAGGUGAGUGGUGCAGCAGAGCAGGUGAGUGGUGCAGCAGAGCAGGUGAGUGGUGCGGCAGAGCAGGUGAGUGGUGCAGCAGAGCAGGUGAGUGGUGCGGCAGAGCAGGUGAGUGGUGCAGCAGAGCAGGUGAGUGGAGCGGCAGAGCAGGUGAGUGGUGCGGCAGAGCAGGUGAGUGGUGCAGCAGAGCAGGUGAGUGGUGCGGCAGAGCAGGUGAGUGGUGCAGCAGAGCAGGUGAGUGGUGCAGCAGAGCAGGUGAGUGGUGCGGCAGAGCAGGUGAGUGGUGCAGCAGAGCAGGUGAGUGGUGCGGCAGAGCAGGUGAGUGGUGCGGCAGAGCAGGUGAGUGGUGCGGCAGAGCAGGUGAGUGGUGCGGCAGAGCAGGUGAGUGGUGCAGCAGAGCAGGUGAGUGGUGCGGCAGAGCAGGUGAGUGGUGCGGCAGAGCAGGUGAGUGGUGCAGCAGAGCAGGUGAGUGGUGCGGCAGAGAAGGUGAGUGGUGCGGCAGAGCAGGUGAGUGGUGCAGCAGAGCAGGUGAGUGGUGCAGCAGAGCAGGUGAGUGGUGCAGCAGAGCAGGUGAGUGGUGCAGCAGAGUAG